UCCAAAAGUUGACCAGAACAGAGCGCAGCAGCGGCGCGCAGAAAAGUCCAGCGCUUUUUCUCUGCGCACAAUCGACUUUCUGUUGCCUGAGAAUGACAAUUUAAUUGCCUCCCUCGGGCUCUCCAUUUUUUCUUCUUCUUUUAUAGAGAUUAUAUUCAUCUUUUCGUGCCGUCUGCCACACCUGCCUGCCCAAGCUCUGAUGGGCGCGGCUGGGAUCGGAGCCCACAUCUCUGUUUUGACUCGCCUGCUGGGAAGGUUGAGAGAAAAGGCACAAACGGAUUGAGGAUUUUGAGGAAACGGUCCCCCCUGGACGAGAUCAGUCACCCAGACAAGAGUCGGACACUUGUUGAAGCUCACUGAAGAUAAGAUGGGAUGGACGAGUUAACGAGACACAUGGAGUUCACUGGAGAAAAGGUUGUGACAGAAACAGUAACCUCCACAACAAGACUGACAACUCUCCCACCAAAGGGAACCAGUGGAUCAAAUCAGAGGAAUAUGUCCAGCAGCACCGGAGGGCUGGGCUUGGAGAAGAAUGCCUUCACCCACAGCAGCAGUGGAGCUUACUUCACUUCAUCUUCUGUAGGUGUGAACUCUGGUAGCUACAGCUCCUCCUCGGGAAUUUUCCUUGGAGGAGACUCAUCAGGAGGAGGCGAGGGAGGGGGAAGCUACAUAGAUGGAGAAAGCUUUGGCAGCGGAGGAGGAAGAGGAGGAGGUGGUGGGGGCAGUUAUCUUGUAAGCUCUGUGUCAAAGGUCCGGUCCAGCUCGGCCGGCGGUGCCAGGAGAGCACAGACUGCUGGCUCAUCUGGAGGUCUGUCGCCAGCCUUCCGGGAGAGGAAGACUAUAUCAAGCCGCUCGGGUGGCUAUGACGGGAGUUCCAGUGCAAAUUCCUCCCCAGAAUUUUCACGCAAAGAUUAUGGAAACUACUGCUCUAGCAGCACAAGAGGGCGGAGUGAAAGCAGAGAGAGUGAAAUCAGAGCCAGAUUACAGAGUGCCUCCCCCUCUGCCGGAAGAUGGGCAGAACUGGAUGAUGUAAAGAAACUGCUGAAGGGACGCUCCAGCAGUGUCAGCCCCACUCGCUCCUCCUGCACCUCCAUCACGCUGCCCGUCCCCAAGAAGGCCAGCGUGGAGACCAAGACCAUUUCCGUGGCCACCCAGUCGGCUGCAACUUCAUUUGGCUCCAGCGUGCACUCAGGCGGGUUCAAUGUCAUUGACACAUCUGGCCUCUAUGAUUCAAGUCUGACAUCUGGACAUCGUGAUACUGGAGUCCAGACAGGCCAUUAUGAUGUCACUUUAGCAUCAGGGCAGUAUGACACUGGGAUCAAGUCAAGCCAAUAUGAUGUUAGCCUGAAAUCAGGGCAGUAUGAUACUGGAAUGAAGUCAAGCCAAUACGAUGUUAGCCUGAAAUCAGGGCAGUAUGAUACUGGAAUGAAGUCAAGCCAAUAUGAUGUUAGCCUGAAAUCAGGACAAUAUAAUACUGGAAUGAAGUCAAGUCAAUAUGAUGUAAGCCUGAAAUCAGGGCAGUAUGCCACCGGUGUUCGAGCUGGCCAGUACGAUUCCAGUGUCAGAUUAGGCCAGUAUGACACAUUGGAUUCGGCAUAUCCCGCUUUCACCUGGUCCACCACGACCCUGCCCUCCACCUCCGCCACAACCGUCAUCGGUGGAGGCACCAACUACAGCUACCAUGUCAGCCAGGUCGGCACCAACAACAUGUCAGGAGGGUCCCCGCCGCUAAGCCCCGCCCCAGCUUCAUCGCUCUCAGUUUAUGGAUUUCAGAACAACCUGGCGCCCACCUCUGGCUAUGUGCUCACCACCAGUGGAGCCAACGUAAACGCAAGCCUUGGAGGUUAUGGCGUUCAGAAGAACGUAUCUAACGGUGGUGGAACCAUCAGCACUGGAGUGUCCUCAGUCACCAGAUCCCAAACUGAAGAUGCUUUAAAGCGGGACUACAAGGUUGUUGCAUCUGAUAAAGAGAAUGUUCCAGUUAGGAGGGAAACAGACAUGCUGAUAUUGGCAAAAGACAGCGGCAAACAGUUCACCAGCAGUACUGGUCACCUAGGAGGAGGUUCCUUGUCAGGAGAUUCAAUAAAGAAGGAGAAGCUGAUUGCUGGUUACAGUGAGACGGCUGCGGUAAAAGCAGAGACGGGCAACUCCUACUAUGGAUCAUCUGGAGUUUUGAUGAAGGACAAAGCCACUUACGCAGAGAUCUACAGGGACAGCGGCGUCUUUGGAGGUGGCGGAGUGUGUUGCUGCUCUGACUCUUGCUGCUCCUGGUGGAAGUGGCUGCUGGGUCUGCUCCUCCUGUCUCUGCUCCUGUUGGGACUCCUGUUUGGCCUCAUCGCUCUGGCUGAGGACGUGAGGAAGCUGAAGAGUGAAGUGGCCACUCUGAAGUCUGAUGCUUCGGCUGCCUCUGCUCGCAUCAGUCGCCUGACGGGUUCAAACGACAUCAACACCUAUGUAAGCGGAAGAGGAGGCGCUGGAGUUGACAACACACUCAUCUUGGGGGCUGGAGGCACAGCUGGAGUUGCAGGUGGAGGCGCAAGUGGAGGAACAGCUGGAGUCGCAGGUGGAGGAACAGCUGGAGUUGCAGGUGGAGGAACAGCUGGAGUUGCAGGUGGAGGAACAGCUGGAGUCGCAGGUGGAGGAACAGCUGGAGUUGCAGGUGGAGGAACAGCUGGAGUCGCAGGUGGAGGAACAGCUGGAGUUGCAGGUGGAGGAACAGCUGGAGUCGCAGGUGGAGGAACAGCUGGAGUUGCAACUGGAGUUGGAGGUGGAGACUCAGGGUCCAGGACGCAAAUAAACAUUUUUACUGGUUCUGGCACAUCCACUGGCGGGAACGGAGUGAGUGACAGCAGCCUGAGCACUGGUGGUUCUGUGGGAGCUGGCUCCAGUAGCGGAGCUGGUACCAGUAUCAAUGUGGAUGGAACCAGCUUAAGUGGUGGUACCGGUCUUGGGACUGAUGUGAGUGGUACCAACUUAAGUGGUGGUACCGGUCUUGGGUCUGGCCUGGGUGGAGCCAGCUUUGGUGGCGGCACCAGCAUUGGAACUGGUGUGAGUGGAACAAACUUUGGUGGCGGAACCAGCCUUGGUACUGGCGUGGGUGGAACCAGCUUUGGUGGCGGAACCAGCUUUGGUGGCGGCACCAGCGUUGGCACUGGCGGGACAUACAUAAAUGACGUUGUUCUUCUGAGAACCAUCCAGCAAGUGCUGCAUUCUGAAGUGAAAUCACAAACAUUUAAAGCUAUUUUAACAUCUUCAGUGCAAGGGGAGAGAGGUCUGCCAGGACCUAAAGGGGACUCUGGAUCUAAAGGAGAACCUGGUUUCCCCGGACCUCAAGGCCCACCAGGUGUAAUAGGAAACCCUGGCCCUGAGGGUCCCAAAGGACAGAGGGGAGUUCAAGGCGAACAAGGGCUGGAAGGGCCACCUGGAGUAAGAGGUAGAGAGGGUCCUCCUGGACCCAGAGGGGAUCCAGGACCCGCAGGCGGUGGACAGAAGGGAGACAAAGGUGCCAACGGAGAACCUGGGGCUCCUGGAUCUGUGGGACCUGCCGGCCCCCUUGGACCCAAAGGUUCACAGGGCCCCCCUGGGUCUCCCGGGAUGCCAGGUCAGCCUGGUUCUCAGGGUUUCCGGGGUGAAGCGGGAAUUCCUGGACCCAAAGGUGACAGGGGGCUUCAAGGGAUUCAAGGACUUAAAGGUGAAGCGGGUGACAGAGGGUUCAGGGGUCUGCAAGGGGAGCCUGGUUUACCGGGUCUACCAGGACAAGGAGAAAAAGGCUCCAAAGGAUCGAUGGGUGACCGAGGACUGCCCGGAUCUCCCGGGCUCAGAGGUCCUUCCGGACCUCCUGGAGAUCCUGGACUUCCAGGAUCAACCGGACUCCAAGGACCACCAGGGAGAGCAGGAGACCCAGGUCGUCCUGGACCCAAAGGUGAACCUGGGCCAGCAGGGAGAAUCAUUAAUGCAGCUGGCUCCUCAACAGUUGCCAUCCCAGGACCACCUGGACCUGCUGGUCCUCCCGGCCCUGCUGGACCACCAGGAUUAUCAGGUCCCAUCGGCCCUGCUGGUCUGCCUGGUUCACCUGGUCCCAAAGGUGACAGGGGCUCUAAGGGAGAUACUGGAGAGCCAGGUUUAAGUGUGAGAACCACUGAAAGAAUAACAUCGUCCACAGCGGACAGACAAUUUGGCGCCAGUGGCACCUCAGCUGGACUGCCUGGUCCACCAGGCCCACCAGGGGUUCCAGGACGUCCAGGUGAUUCAAGACAAGGACCCCCAGGACCUCCAGGACCUCCAGGCCAGCCUGGUUAUGGAAGACCUGGACCUAAAGGAGACAAAGGAGACUCAACAUUUGCAGCUGGCACUGGGACAUUUUAUCCUGGACCCCCCGGACCACCGGGAUCUCCUGGACAUCCAGGCCCUCCAGGAGUCAAAGGGGACACUGGAGCUCCUGGAAUUCCAGGCACUGCCAGAGUCAUGUCAGGGCCUCCUGGUCCCCCAGGAUCUCCUGGUCCUCCUGGCCAGCCAGGCUCUUUUGGAUCUUCUAGUGACAUGCAACAAUACCUGACAGAUUAUCUGAGCAGAUAUGCACAUAGUAGCAUGCGAGGGCCUCCAGGUCCACCUGGGCCUCCAGGACUCCCUGGAACCUUCUCAGGCUCUAUUGAAGACAUCUCCGCUCGCAUUAUUGCAUACUUGCAACGUUCAGAUUCAGGGUUCAGCUUUGGUGCUCGGGGUCAACCUGGUCCACCUGGUCCACCAGGACCUGCUUCUGCAUCCUUAUCAGUCACUGGUCUUAUCGCCAUGCUUCAAAGAGAUGAUGUGAGGGGAUAUCUGUCAGGACCACCAGGGCCACAAGGACCACCUGGACCACCAGGGGCAUCAGUAGGACUUUCCAGCUCAUAUAGGGUCGAAGAGGUGGCUAAUUAUGUCUUCAAAGCGAUGAAUGAGAGAGGUAUUGCUAGAGGUCUACCGGGACCUCCAGGUCCUUCUGGACCUCAAGGUCUUCCUGGCCCUCAGGGUCCCCCUGGAAUGCCAGGUUCUCGAAGCUCUGGUUUCUCCUCAGGUUCUAUCGAUUAUUCGGCACUGAUUAGAAAUUCAGAAUUCCGGUCAUGGAUCACAUCUGCUGUACAGCAUGGCCCUCCUGGUCCUCCAGGUGUCCCAGGACUACCUGGUCCUCCCGGCCCUCAGGGACCACCAGGAGGGUCCACCGCAACGGUGUAUGGAGCAGGAGGUCGAGGCUACAGCUUAGAGGACAUUCAGCGUUACCUGCAGGGUUCUGGUUUUCAAGGCCCUCGCGGCCCCCCUGGUCCUCCUGGUCCUCCAGGUCCACAGGGUCCAUCCGGCACCUCCACUGGCUUAGUUUCAUAUGGUGGGGGCUUCUCAAGAGAGAGCAUUCAGGCUGAGCUGCGGGAUUAUCUGACCAGUGACGCUGUCCGAAGCAUGAUCAUGGGCCCUCCAGGUCCCAGGGGCCAGAAGGGAGAGCGUGGAGAAUCGGGUUAUGUCCAGGGCCACACGUCCUCACAUGGUGACGCUCGAUACGCAUCUGGGCAAAGAGAAGUUGACCUCAGCUCUCUUGCUGAGAGGCUGGACUAUUCCAACGUCGCCAUGAAGGUCACAGACUACAUUAAGAACCAGGGUCUACUGCAGGAGUAUCUGGGGGAGGAUUCUGCGAGGUUAAGGGUACGAGCAGUGCGAGGACCGGCAGGACCACCCGGUCCUCCAGGACCGCCCGGCUACAGUCGAGUCUUCGGGUCCUACGGCAACAUCACCUCUGACCUCAUGGACUUCUUCAGGGCUCACGGCACCAUCCCCGGCCCCCCAGGAAUCCCAGGACCACAGGGAGAAAGAGGUUACCCGGGACCCAAGGGAGACAAAGGUGAUCCAGGACCUCCGGGAUUACCUGGAAUACCGGUGACGUAUCCCGUCGAGAGUCAUGACAGGGCGGACCGAAGAGAAACCUCCUUUAAAGUGAUUGAUCAUCCACGCCGACAUCAUCAUACCAUCGGGGGCUGAAGGGGCCACAGACCACUGGACUGCGUCAAGACUUCAUUCAAAUUUGACAUUUUUUCUCUUUACUUUUUUUUUAGUGGUAAGUUUACCAAUGCAAGAGUUCGGAAAUUUGUAGAAGGCAGAAAUGAAUAAAAAAAAUGCAAUUAUAUCUUUUAAGAAAAUGCUUAUAGAGCCCCUGAUCCAUGUUUCUGUCACACUGACGUGAACAUGUAGCAAAUGGGAGGAUAAUGUUUACUUUGUUACAGGCUUGCAUAGACGUUUCCAGGGGCAGCUUUAUUCAGAACAAUAACCAGCAUCUGCUUUCAGUUUUAAUCACCCCAAAAUCUGAUGUACGUUAUAAAAAAGCGUUUUUUCUGUCAUUUCAGGAUUAUUCUGUAUUAAGGACUAUAGAAAUGUUGAGUAUUUGAUGCAUUAAUCCCACACAAAUUGCAAAAAUGUACUCCGAAUCAAAAAAAAAAUCAUUACAUGAACUUGACUGAGUCAAGUUGAAGUGAGGGUCAUUUCAGAGUUAUGUUUACUUGAAAUGUUUGUUUAUGUUGUUUCUUUAAAGACAGAGACUCGGUAAGACAUGACUGUUUCAGGCUGUAUAUUUUUAUGUAGAAGAGAAGAAAAAGCACUGAAUUUGAUAUAUUUUAUACCUUAAAGUGUUAAAAUACUAAAUUAUGGAAUGUUACCCAUAUUCUGUUUUACAUUCGUGAAAUAAAAAUGGAUUAAAGAAAGAAAGAAAAUAA